AGGACGGUCCUUCUUCACCCUCAAAAUUGGCCAAGAUGCAAGCAUCUGAGGAGAAGCAGAGGAGAAAGCAGAAGCGGAAAGAUGAUGAGGGCCAACUUGCGGCGAAGCGGCAAGAAAUGGACAAGGCGAAGAUAUCCGAUGCUGUAAAGCGCUAUUCCUACCUUCUCGGUCAGACCGACCUCUUCAAGCACUUUGUAGACAUUAAGAAAGCGCGCGACCCUGAAUAUGCCGCCCUGCUCGACGCGCAGCCGAAGCCUAAGGGCCGUGGCAGGAAAAAGGCUACUGACAAGGUCGCCCGUCAUCGAAAGUCAGAAAAGGAGGAGGAUGAAGAGCUGCUCAAAGAUGGAGAAAUGGCUGCAGACGGAAACGACCAGCCUUUCGUAUUUGAGGAAUCACCAAGCUACAUCCAUGGGACGAUGCGGCCAUAUCAGCUCCAAGGCUUGAAUUGGAUGGUGUCCCUUCACCACAAUGGUCUCAAUGGAAUCCUCGCUGACGAAAUGGGUCUUGGCAAGACACUCCAAACUAUUUCGUUCCUCUCAUACCUCCGCCACUACCGCGACAUCUCUGGACCUCACCUCGUUGUCGUACCCAAGUCCACACUUCAAAAUUGGUCGCGUGAGUUUGCCUUGUGGACGCCCGACGUGAGCACCGUGCUGCUCACCGGCAGCAAGGACGAGCGCGCGGAGAUAAUCUCGAUGCGCUUGAUCCCUCAGGACUUCGACGUACUCAUUACGUCGUACGAGGUCUGUCUCAUCGAAAAGAGUGCACUCAAGAAGUUCUCGUUCGAAUACAUCGUCAUCGACGAGGCGCACCGCAUCAAGAACGUAGACUCGAUCCUCUCCCAGAUUGUGCGCUCGUUCCUUUCCCGCGGACGGCUGCUCAUCACGGGCACGCCGCUGCAGAACAACAUGAAAGAGUUGUUCGCGCUGCUCAACUUCAUAUGUCCCGAGAUCUUCUCGGACUAUGCGGACCUGGAGAGUUUCCUGCACAAGGACGAUGCGGACGCGGAGGGCGACGAGGAGAAGAGCAAGAAGGUUGUCGAGGCAUUGCACAAGAUCCUGCGGCCGUUCUUGCUCCGGCGUGUCAAGAGUGACGUCGAGAAGAACUUGCUUCCCAAAAAGGAGAUCAAUAUCUACGUUGGCCUGACUGAGAUGCAGCGCAAGUGGUACAGGUCUGUACUUGAGAAGGACAUCGACGCCGUGAACGGCCUCACAGGCAAGAAGGAGGGCAAGACGCGGCUUAUGAACAUCGUAAUGCAGCUCCGCAAAGUUACCUGCCACCCGUAUCUGUUUGACGGCGCAGAGCCGGGCCCCCCUUACACGACGGACGAGCACCUGGUCGAGAAUUCGGGCAAGAUGGUGAUCCUAGACAAGCUGCUGAAGAACAUGAAGGCCAAGGGGUCACGCGUGCUCAUCUUCAGCCAGAUGAGCCGGAUGUUGGACAUAUUGGAGGACUACUGUUUGUUCCGUGGAUACAAGUACUGCCGAAUCGACGGAGGCACGGCGCACGACGACCGCAUCGUCGCCAUCGACGAGUAUAACAAGCCCGACUCGGAGAAGUUCAUCUUCCUCCUCACGACCCGUGCUGGUGGGCUCGGCAUCAACCUCACCUCUGCCGACGUCGUCGUCCUCUAUGACUCGGACUGGAACCCGCAGGCGGACCUGCAGGCGAUGGACCGCGCGCACCGGAUCGGGCAGACGAAGCAGGUGUACGUGUUCAGGUUCAUCACGGAGGGAAGUGUGGAAGAGCGGAUGUUAGAGAGAGCAGCACAGAAGUUGAGGCUGGACCAGCUCGUCAUUCAGCAGGGGAGGACGCAGGCUACAAAAGCUGCGAACAAGGAAGAGCUCCUUGAGAUGAUCGCACACGGUGCCGAACAUAUCGUCAACUCGAACGAUGACCUGAUGAUCAACGAUGAUAUCGAUGCGAUCAUUCAACGUGGUGAGGAACGCACUCAGCAGCUCAACAGCAAGUACGAAACGCUCUCGUUCGAGGACCUCUCCAACUUCAAGUCCGAGGCGUCUGUACAACAGUGGGAGGGCGAGGACUUCCGCGGGAACCGCAAGACGCUCCAGUUCAACCCGCUCUCGCUCUCGAAGCGCGAGCGCAAGCUCAACUACUCCGUCGACUCAUACUUCAAAGAGACAAUGCGCGCCGGUCCGUCCAAGACGGAGAAGCCACCCAAGAUCCCGCGUGCGCCCAAGCAGAUCCAGAUGCAGGACUUCCAAUUCUUCCCGCCGCGGCUCGCGGAGCUGCAGGAGCAGGAGAUGGCGGCGCAUAAGCGACUGAACGACAUUCCUGCGGUGACAAGGGAACCGGCGACCGAGGACGACACACCGGAGAAGUUGGAGGAGGAGCGAAAGGCGGCGCAGGAGUUCAUUGACAACGCCGAGCCUCUCACCGAGGAGCAACUGCAGGAGAAGGAGCAGCUCAUCGCCCAGGGCUUUGAGGACUGGAGCAGGCGCGACUUCCAGCAGUUCGUACGCGCGCUCGAGACGUACGGCUGGACUGACGACUACGAGCUACUCGCGUCUGAGAUCCAGGAUAAAACCGCCGAGGACGUUGCGCGGUACUACCCUGUGUUCAAGAAGAAGUGGAAGGAGCUCUCAGAGUACCCACGCAUCAAGGCGCGUAUCGAGGAGGGCGAGGCGAAACGAAACAAGCGCUCGAACCUCGAGGCGCUACUCGCCAAGAAGAUCGCGUCGGUUAAGUACCCGAUGCAGGAGCUCGAGUUAAACUAUCCGACGACCAAGGGCAAGGUGUACUCGGAGGAAGAGGACCGGUACUUGCUCUGCCGCCUGAACCACUACGGCAUGCAGGCCGAGGACGUGUACGAGCGGAUCAAGAAGGAUAUCACGGAGUUCCCCGUGUUCCGGUUCGACUGGUUCUUCAAGAGCAGAAGUCCGCAGGAGCUCCAGCGGAGGUGCAACACGCUCCUGGGAAUGAUAGAGAAGGAGGCAGAGGGCAAGCAAGCUGAGGAGGUGAAGACGAAGGGCACGAAGGGCAAGAAACGUGGCAUCGAGCAGGUGAAGGAGGAGGACAAGGCAGAGGCCUCACGAUCGUCGACCCCCAGCACAACUGCGAUAUCGGGGAAGCGCGGGCCCAAGAAGCGGAAGACAUGAGUGCCUUUCCUGGCUGUUCGUCUGCUUUGUUCUCUCAUCAUGCUUGUACAUCGGAACUUGUGCACUGCCUCGUCUGUACAUUUAGAGUGGAAUAGCAUAUGUAUAGAGCGGUCGUCUGUCGCGAUAAUAUUGAUUC